AUUGCAUUUAAAUAUGAGUAUUUGUUAUUUUAUUUAGAAUGUUAUCUUUUAUUAAGCCGGCAUGAACCGACACAAACCGGUUGUACCACUGAUCGUAUCAUCUCACUCACUAACCGGUGUAAUGGUAUAAACCUGUUUGACAACCUUGCUUUCUAGUAAGAUCAACUGGACCAAUUAGUAACCCAUUUUGAUUGGGCCCAAACGGCCCAGGUGCAUUAGGGCUUGUUAAAAAACUGACAAACCAACUUAAUCAAGUGAGGCCAAAACUCAAUUAAAGAUUUAAAGGUUAACAGGUUGGCCGCGUACUAACUAUCACUACAACAAAAAACCCCUAUGCCAAGGGUAUGUUAAACCCCUGCUAGAUUUUUCGGAACUCAUUUAACGACGGUUUUUUCUAAGGGUUCGUGAACCCUUGCUAAUGCACAAAUGACAAUUUUGUUUUAUUACCCACACUGGAAAACUUAAUCAACACAACAAAGAACCCUUUAUUCCCCCUUCUUCAGUUUUCCUAUUUGAUUAAGGGGUCGUUUGGAUUAAGGUUUGUAGUGAGUGAUUCUCCGAUGACUCCCUCCGAGCGAUUCUUCGAUGACUCCCUCACUUCGAUCUGAGCGAAUCCUCCGGUCCCUCCCUCAUCCGAACGGCGCGAAUCUCCGAUCCCUCCCUCACUCCGAGCGGCGAAUCUCCGAUCUCUCUCUCAAUUAGAGCGACGCCAAUCUCCGAUCUCUCCCUCGCUCCGACGCGAUUCUCCGAUCUCUAUCUCGUUAUGGCUGAUAAGGUUAUCUCUCUAGUACUUUUCGCUUUUAGGUCACUAAGAUUAUCAAUUCAAAUUUUUCGCUCUCUUAAGAGAUUGAGAUAUAUAAUAAACCUUUGUGUUUCUGCAUGUGCAUUUGCUCUCAUUCACAACCUAGAUGUUCAUCAGCUUGUGACAAUACUAGGGAUUAAUCCAUUUGAUUUCUUUUACUCGAUGGAAUCUCACCCCGUGCUUUCGUGGAUCUGUUGUAAGCUGCUUGAUUUCAUUUCGUUUCCAUGGCUCUAAUUCUGAAAUGCAGACUGUUUUAGUUGAGUAAUCAGGGGAAUAAUCUCUUUGUCUGUAGUACAUAAUAAUCUCCUUGUGGGAAUAAUUUGGUUCUUCAGUAUGGAUGGGAAAACAGAAAGUUUAUUCUGAAAUUCAGGACAAAUAUCUGGAUUUGCUUCUGCAAUAUGAGGAUAAACAGAAGGCCAUAAAUUGGUCCUCGUGUUAGCACCAUGAAGUAAGCAGGCGGCUUCGUCAUAAGUUCUUCCAGCUUCUUCAGUGGUGUCGAAGAUAACUAACCAUACCCUGAUCUUUUAUAUUUCAGAAUAAACUGUUUAUUCUGAAAUGCAGGACAAAUAGCUGUUUGUUUUUGAACUUAUGUUUUUCUCUGCCCAACCCAAAUACUAAAGCAAGCUUGUUUUUCUUCUCUCGGGCAGUUUUGUUUUGUGGUUUCUUCGCUAAUCUCCCACUCUACUUUUGGUUUUGUGGUGGUAAUGGGGAUAAUAUAAAGAUAUCCAUGUGGACAGGUUCUUCCUACUUAUCACUGUUAUCAGUAAUGAAUUGACGUUUCAUUGUCAAGACAAAGGGGGCUACAGGGGAAGAAGUUUCACUAGUUUCAGUUUGUCUGGUUGUUGCUUCAAAGUUGUUUAAUUCACAUUCACUGUUGUGAUCUGCAUCUCCUUUGUUUUGAAGAACCCUUUGUGUUGUGUUGUUUGAAUGACUGAGAAAAAUAUCUAUGUAUGGAUUAGUGAGCAAAAUAAUGUGCUAUGAUGCUAACCAUAAAAGAAAGGAUAGAACAUGCAUCAAUGGUUAUGCUAAGGAUUUCAUUGUAAAAUUAGGCACGAGUGAUGUUGCUUCGAUUAGGAAUUGUUGUGUUGUGGAACAUGUACUUGGUAGUGAAUUUGCCAUGCCAGUUUAUGAUAUGUAGAUGUUGCAGUACAAUAUUUGGAACCAUGUCCCACUGUUUUGAUCCCUAGAUAGUGUUGUCCUCUUCUAAGAAGUCUUUAGGUGGUUGGGAAAAUGUUCCGCUAUGGGGAUUUUUUAGUUGUUGCUUUAAUAUUUACCAACCAUCAUUCAACUACUGGAAAAAUGUUGUCUUCUGAAAUGGAACCCUGUUGGGACUGAAUUUGCUAGACCAGUGAUUGCUUUCUGGAUGCUGCAUUGCUCUAUUUUGAGGAACUGGAUCUCAGUUUUUCCUAAAUCAUGUGUGUUGUCAUUGUAGAACUUGUCCCUUGUGCAAUUCUUCUUUUCGGGCUGCUUCUUAUCCUAGAAUCUCCUAGAUGGCUAGUAUUUAUAAUUAUGCUAUCUCAAGGAUUUUAGAAUCUAAGGAGGCUGGUUUUGAAUUGUUGUUGACAAGAAUGUUUGUCGUUCAUAUGUUCUGCAGGCAAAGACAUGUCAUGAGAAGGAGUUUGAGGUUGCAUUGCAGGAAUUUUGUGGCAAUGAUGCUGACAUUUCAGAGGAGGCAGCAGCAGAGAUGAAGGUUUGUUAUCCUAACCUAAACUCAGACAAGCAUUCCAUAUAAUGAGUUGAGCUGGCAUGCUUUGAAUAAAGUUUAGUUGUUAAGAAAGUUGAGUUAUUUUAGAAUUAGUUUUACCGAAGUAAAGGUUGGAGAUAUUUUGCAUUGUUUUAUCUAUGAUGAUUAAGCUUGAUCGGUUUAUGCUAAUUCUUAGCCUCCUUUCAUGGCAUGUCAUUCUGAUGGGGCGGCUGCAAAAGAGGAUGUGCGCAACUGAGGCUCCAUUUUCUCAGUCUUCCGCAUUGACCCUGGAUAGCGGUACACCAGCUACCCCUUUCAAUGGUGAGAGCCUGUUCUUUAUGCAUGAGUUGGUAUGCUCUGUUAAGUGUACUGGACUUGUUAUUUUUCAUUGGCACUCUCUCAUCCCUAAUAUUAUCACGUAUGAUUCCAAGUGAUGCAACCAAGUCAUUCCCCUUUCAGUUUGGGUCCAUAAGUCCUGGUUUUAUGAAUGGGAUGCAGGUAUUUCACUACACUUAUGCUGUGAUGGCUUUUUAUAAUUUCUUGUGCAGCAGUAUGAAGUGAAGAAACAUUGUGAUGUAGAUUCUUGCUCGAACUAUCUUAGCUCCCCCAAACUUGGAUGAGCAGAAGCGCGAACAGGUCCAUUCUUCUUUUGUUUGCCCCCUCAAUCUAGUAAUAGAAUUUAGUGAGUGCAUAUUGUUGUUGUUGCUUAUUGAUAGCAGAGGCCUCCUACUGGAUGAAACUUACAUUUUUCUCUCUGUGUAGUGUAAUUGAUCUCUUGUUUGGAAUGCACAGUAGAAUCCCAAACUUUAUUUAAAUCUGUCUCUCUAGAAUCACUCUCAAACACACAUAUGUUUUUGAUCUGUGAACUUGCCAGCACUCCAUGAUGCAUAUAGAUCUGUGAACUUGCAGGCACGCCGGUGAACAAACUCCCUUAUGUUAA